UUUCAUUACUGCCCUGUGACACUGGAGAGGCCACAGCUGCAGUGAUAAUAUUCCUCAUUUGUGUCACACAGAGAAUUUAUUUGCAAGAAGAGUCCUGCUCCAAAGAGAAAAUGAAUAGCCAAUACAUGCGUCAUGAAGUGCGGGGUUGUGAAACCAGUGACCUGAGGAACUUCUGGGAAAAGACCAUUGAACAACAAACUCAGUAUCUGCAAAAUGAAAAAGAACGUCAGCGAAGAAGUGCUCUGACAAAGCUCAGAAAUGAAUGGAUGGAGAGGCUGGAAAAACGCAUAAAGAUGUUGAGGACCCAAUCUGAAGACUCAUCCAGCUGAAGAGCCCACACUCAUGACAAGUUUGGGGGAAAAUAAAUCUGUUUUGUAGGAAAGCAUGAUGUAAAAGCUGAAGUCAGUUUUACUCUGUAGCUUAAAUGAGCUAUAAUUAAUUAGCUGUCAUUGUUUGAAGUUUCAUAUGUGAAAUGUCAAUUGUUGCUUUCAAGAUUAUGCAUCUGUCCCUUCAUUUGAUAAAUGGAGAAUGUAGCACUCUGAAGUAUUUAACCCUAAUAAAUCAUGGUUCGCUGAGACGUAGAUGCCUGGGAAAAGAGUUUAGUUACAUGGUUGUGCUCCGCAAAAGAAUUUCCUCAAUAUUUUAAGCUUCUGUAUAGACUGUCUGCAAUGGAAUGAAUUUAGAUGUUUUAAUGAAUAGUAGAGAUUUUUAUUUUUUACACAACACAGCCCAAUGCAGGCUAAGGAAUAUAGGACAUGCACAAUGCCACCACAUCCCACACCAGUAGUGAAGCCCAAACUGGUGGGAGCUACAGAUCCUAGCUGCUAAGUUAGAAGUCACCUGUUAACUCGCUACCAUAUAUGUAUUGAUAAACAGCCUCUGUGAGACAACUACAAGAGCUGCCUCAUUAACCCACAUUAACUCAAUCAACCUUUGUUAGCUAACUUGAGACACUGUAUCAGCAUUGGUAGAAUCUGGUGCCUGAGCUGGCUUGUCUAGAGGUGGAUUGAUACCUGUUUCACAGAGUACCUUGGUGCACUCACACAGCUGUCUGUCGUCAUGAGAGACAAGCAGGUUUUUUCUUCUAGCACCUUUUCCCUCUAAGACUCAGUAUUUAUUCCUUAAAGACAAGCACUUUCAGAAUUUAGCCAUUUUCCUCUUCCGCAUUUGUCAUUAGUCAAAAAUGUUUCUUGUUUCCUUCCUAAUGCUUCAUUAGGAAAUGUGGCAUUUCUUCCAGCAAUAUGAAAACAUUUUAGUCAGCUGGUGUAAUCACAUCACUUCCUUUUUAUGGUGACUGUUUGUUGCCACCAAAUGAUUAGGGUAAUGUACUGCAAGACAGGUUGUUUUGAGCAUGUUAAAAAACUCUUCCAUGAAUCACUUAAACUUUUAGUCCCUUUUUAUAAGACUGUUUCAUUACCACUCUGGAAAUUCAUAUUACUUCAAAGCAAAGAAGAUUUGAAUUGCCAGUGAGGCAAGAAGAGAACAAUAGAAGGGCUUGGAAUUUUAAAAUAUGUAGAAAAUCUGCUCUUCUUCAAUCAAACAAAAAUUUGAAGUAUUAUUUUUUCCCCCUCUUUAUCUAUCACCCUUUAAAUCCACUUUUGUGCAUCCCAAGGCCAAACAAAAUUUAUUAUGAGAAUUUGAACACGUAAAUAAUGCUUAGAAAGUCUGAGGAACUAAUAAAAUCAUGAAAAAAAUUAUGACCUUGGAGCACUACUUCAGAAUUCAAGGUGUCAGCAGGUAGGUCCCCAAACUUAAGAGCAGAGUUUGCCAGACACCAGAGAAAAGCUACUAAGCACAUGUUCUUUGGUUUACUUUUAUUCUUAAGCAAUUUUAAAAGUAACAUCAACUGUGAAUAUGAAGGAUCACAGCAUAAUUACAAUAAAGCUGUGCUUAAGAAAAAAAUCACCAGGUAGUGCUACAACUUAAUAUUGGAAUUCAGUAAAAAAGUAGAUUUCUUUAAAUGUCAGUUAAGUAGAUUUCUAAAAAUGUCAGUUAAGACAUUUCAAUUGCCCCAUCCCCUGUCUAUGCCUGGUGCUUACUGAAGCUCUAGUACAACACCAUCAUGAAACAGUUUGGGGGUUUACAUCAUUUUGGCUGAAAUUAGAGCUUGAACUGAGCUAAGGGAAACAUUUUCCAGUCUCUCAUUCAUUGUGUAAGUUAUGGCACAAACAGGGAGGUGCAAAACAGGGAGUCAGAUUUGGCAUAUUUUAAAAAUUAAAGCCAUAGCCCUGGAAUAAGCUUUUGUUUGAUUCCCACAUAGUUUAGAUCCUUCUUAGUAUUCCUCUCAUAAAGUAAAUCAGAAUGAGGAAAAACCAUAGAGAGCUGGGAAGAAAAUAUGCCAGGAAGUGACUUCCAUCCCAGUUCCUCAUUGCACAUGCACGGUUAUUUUGUGACUAAAGGAUGCUCUGGAAAAAGUCCAUGUCAAGCUAGAACACUCCAAAAUUAUCUCUUUAAAAUGACAAAAGGCAACUUAUUUUUUACAGAACACAUCUAUUCCAGCUCAAAGCCAAGAGGAGUUCUGAAAAUAUGCUUCCAGAAUUAAGUAACUUUCCUUUGAGCUUUAUAAUUCCACCUCUAGAUUUUAAAUUAAUUAUUUCAAGUUCAGUUUCCACGGUGCUAGAUUCAGGACUUUGGGCCAUGUAAUCUUCAUUUAUUUGAAUAGUAACAACAUGUUUUGAUACAAACUCCACCAGGGUAAUGCAGGGGUAAUCUACUUAAGAGUUUUGUAAAUUACCACACAAGAAAUAAUACAUAUUGAGGAAAUUAAUAUAAUCUAGAGUUAAUAAGCAAAAACAAAGAGUGUGAAAGCAUGACAAUUGAAA